UUGUUGCCUAGGUGAGAGAGUCAAAGCUGCAACACUGGCGUGGAUUCAUAAGUUCUUGUACUGGUACAAAGACCAGGAUUUUGCAAAGACAAAACCUGUUGCCUUUUUUUUCUUUGCUGGAGUCAUGGCCACCUUCCUACAUUCUGAAACCAGGCGCUUAUACACUUUGUGGUGGGAUACCGGCCAUAUUCCAAAUAACGCAAAAUGGCUUCAACAUAAUCUUACUGAAAUGGAUGCUAAGGUAAAGGCAAUGCUCAAGAUCAUUGAAGAAGAUGCAGAUUCAUUUGCAAGAAGGGCUGAAAUGUAUUACAAGAGAAGGCCUGAGCUAAUGAAGCUAGUUGAGAAGUUCUACAGGGCAUAUCGGGCACUAGCGGAACGAUAUGAUCAUGUAAUUGGGGAGCUCCGGCAGGCCCAAAAAUCCAUGUCAGAGGCAUUUCCCGACCAGCUACCUUUUCUACUGGCUGAAGAUUCACCCAAGAGAUCUUCCACACAAGUUACUGAACCACAUACUCCAGAAGUGUUGUGCCUUCGUGCACCGUCUGAUACACAUGAAUUUCAUCAGUCCACGAUGGGUUUAAUACCAUCUAGUAUACAUGCUGCAAAGAUGAUUGGAUCUCAUAUUGGUGAUUCUAAUAAGGAAACAAGUGAGUGGGGUUUGAAACAGUUACUUGAGAUGCUUGGGGCAGGAGAAGAAAUGCUAAAGAACAAAAAGUUCCUCGAAGGAAAAUUGAGUAAAGGAUUGAACAGAAACACAGAAGAAAAGGAAAAAUGUUUGCAUAAUCAAGUAACUAAAUUGUCAAAUGAGAAUGGGAAUCUCAAUUCCAAGAUCCUCGCUGAGUUGGAGCAUGCCGAUCAAGCUGAAGCUGAAGUUCAAAACCUGAAGGAAAUCCUUGCUAUUAUGCAAGCAGAAAAAGAAGCUACCUUCAUUCCGUAUCAGCAAUGCAUGUAUCAGUUAUAUGCUGCAGCGAGAGAGUUCAAUAGUGUACAGAAGGACUCCGUGAAGUUCAGUGAACAAGCUAGCAGAGCUGAAAAUGAAAUUCAGAAGAUGAAGGAAUGGCUGAUCAAAUUAGAGGCUGAACGAGAUGCUGAUCCGAGCAAACACAAGAAGUGUCUGGAAAGGAUAUCUAAAGAUGUUACGGCUUCUCAAGCACUUGAAGACAUAAAAGAACUAAAUAAGAGAGCAAUUAAGGCAGAAACCGAAGCUCAGAAUCUUAGGAAUAAGAUCUCUAAGUUUGAGUAUGAAAAGGAUGUCCUUCAUGAGUAUAAGAUAAGCAUGGUGAACAUGUCUGACCUUGAAGAAAAACUCUUGGUGGCUCAGGAAGAAUCCAGAACGCUUACGGAGAUAGCUGAUAGAGCUGAAGCUGAGAUCAAUAAACUGAAAAUUGUUCUGGUGGAACUAAGAGACGGGAAAGAAGCUGCUACUGGUGACUAUAAACACUGUCUGGACAGAAUAUCAAACCUUGAGAAUGAACUAGCUUGUUCCCAAGAGGAUAUAAAGCGCCUUAAUGGUGAGAUUUUAAUAGGAGCUGCAAAGCUUAAAGAUACUGAAGACAAGUGUGUUGUGCUGGAGAUAUCAAAUCAUUCAUUUUACCUAGAGGUAGACAAUUUGGCAAAGAAGAUUGCGAUGAAAGAUCAAGAACUCUCUGAGAAGAAGAAGGAGUUAGAAAAACUUCAAAUUGAUUUGCAAAAUGAACACUUAAACCAUGCACAAGUUGAAGAAACUCUUCAGGCUCUGCAUUAUUUGCACUGUCAAUCUCAAGAAGAACAAAGAGCUCUGGCCAUGGAGCUCAGAAAUAGUCUUGAGCUGUUGAAGGAAGUGGAAACAUGCAAAAAUAGUUUGGAAGGUGAACUUAAGAGAGUGAAGGAUGAAAACCAUAGCCUGAAUGAACUGAAAUUUUCCUCAAGCAAUUCGAUCGAGAAUCUGGAGAAUGAAAUCCUUAGCUUGAGGAAGAUGCAGGAGAGACUUGAAGAGGAGGUUGCACAACAAGUUGGACUAAGUAACAACCUUCAACAAGAGAUUGUAUGUUUGAAAGAGGAAAUCAAGGACCUGAACAGGAACUACCAGGCUGUAGAGCAAGUGAAGGCUGCAGGCAUAAAUCCUGAAUGUAUCGACUCUUCAAUAAAGAUCAUGCAGGAAGAGAACUCCAAACUCCGGAUAAUCUGUGAGAACACCAAAUGCGAGAAAGAAGUCCUCCACAAGAAGUUGGAGGACAUUGAUGAACUUUUGAAGAAGAAGGCUGUUCGGGAGAGUUACCUCUCAGAUGUAAAUGGUGAGUUGCAGAGAUCGCAGGAAAAGGCGAGAGCGUUGCAAGAGUCUUGUCGAAUUCUCAAUGGAGAAAAAACUAUUCUUGCUGCUGAGAAAGCCGCUUUGCUCUCUCAGUUGCAAAUUAUAACUGAGAAAAUGCAGAAACUCCUGGAGAAAAAUGCAAUGCUCGAGAACUCUCUUGUGGUUGCAAAAGUUGAACUUGAAGGUCUAACAGAAAAGGCGAUAGGUUUAGAAGAGAUAUGUCAAUUGCUGAAGACAAGAGUUAUAGUAUCGGAAGAGAAGUAUGCUUGCCUAGAGAAGGAUAAACAAGCAGAACAGCUUCAACUUGAAGAACUUAGAGUUUUUGUUGAAAUGGAGAAACAAGAAAGGAUGAACUUUGUGUAUCAGAGUGAAACCAGAUUAAUUUAUAUGGAAAACCAUACCAAUCACCUACAGGAAGAGAGUAAGUGGAGGAAGAAAGAAUUUGAAGAAGAACUCGACAAAGCUUUAAAAUUCCAGUUUGAAAUUUUCAUCCUGCAGAAAUUUAUACAAGAUAUGGAAGAAAAGAAUUUUUCUCUGUUGGUUGAGUGUCAGAAAAAUAUUGAGACAUCAAAAUUGUCUGAUGAACUGAUUACGGAGUUAGAGAAGCAGAAUCUCAAACAGCAGGUUGAAGCAGACCUUUUGGUAGAUGAGAUUCAAAGGUUGAGAAUGGGGACAUAUCAAGUUUUCAAGGCCCUUGAAAAUGAUUCUGACUUUGUGUCUGAAGAUAAGGUGGUAAACGAACAAACUUUCCUGCAUUAUAUUUUGGGUAGUGUUGAGGAUAUGAAAUGUCCACUCAGACUGUACGAGUAUGAUAAGCAACAGUUGUUGAUUGAACACUCAGCUCUUCUAACUCGACAUGCUCAGCUGAAAUCAGAUGGCCUGGAAUUGGAGUCAAUGAAGAAAUCUAUAGAGGAGGAGCUUAAUAGCGUGGCAGAGAAGCUGGUUACAGUACAGAAAGACAACCAUUGCCUACUAGAGAUGAACAAAAAAUUACAGUCAGAAAUGAGCAGCAGUACUCAACUAAAUGCCAUACUCGAGGUGGAGGUUCGGACUCUCUGUGUCAAGCAUUGUGAGUUGCAGGCAGCUUACUUUGAAUUACAAAAGAAAUACUCGCAUGUAGUUCAUCAGAACGAGACAUUGUUGACAAAAAUCUCAGAGAUCAAGGAGGAGAAAUGGAUAGUGGAGCAGGAAAAUGAUGUUUUUCUACUUGAGACACUGACACUGGGUAAUUUCUCUAACAUUUUGAACAGUUAUGGUAGUGAAAGGACUGCUGAGCUAAAGUCUAUUUUUGAAGAUAUGAGCAAACUUCAUGGUGUUACGCUUGACUUUGAGAAGGAGAUGGAUGUAUUGAAUGGGAAGCUGGAAAUGCAGGAAACUGAAAACCUACUCCUGAAGAAAUCAGUUGAAAGGUUAGAAAAAGAACUCCAUGAGGUCAGGGAAUCUAAUGAUCAUCUCAUGUUGGAAAUGUCAUCUGGAAAAGAACUUCAGGGUAAGCAGGAAAUUCGGUUUUUGGAAGGAGAACAGAACUUUAAAGUAUCUGAAAAAUUGAAAUCAGAAUUGCAUAGGGCUCUAGAUGUACUAAAGACUGACUAUCAAGAAUCCUUGAAGAUGAAUGAAGAUCUAGAAAAGAAGAUAUUUGAAAUAUUGAGAGACAACACCACUCAGAACAAGGAAAUUGAAUGUCUUCGAGAAACGAACACGAAUUUGGUGGGUGAAUUAGGAAAAUUGCAUAAAAAAAUUGAAGAGCAACGAAUCAGAGAAGACUGCCUAUGUUCGGAGCUCCAAGAGAAAGACUAUGAGUUUGGACUAUGGGAGGCAGAGGUGGAAACAUUUUAUUUCAAUUUGCAGAUUUCCUCCACACGAGAAGCAUUAAUAAAAAACAAGAUGGAUGAGUUUACUGACGUUUAUGGGAGACGGGAGAAUGAAAAUGCUUCCAAAAAUUUGGAGAUUGAACAGCUGAAAAUAUUAAUCAAUUUAAUGGAGAGUGAAAUUGGAGAACAGAAGUCACAGUUACUUGCAUAUGAUCCUGUAAUAGCCUCUUUAAGGUAUGAUGUGGUAUCGCUUGAGCAUAAUGCGCUCCUCCAGACUAGGCUUAAGCUAGCAAGCUCUCAGGAAUCAAAGUGUGUUGACAUUCAGGAUCUGCCGGGCCCAGAUGAAAGUAGAUUUGAAAAGCUGAAAGAAAAUCAACCUGUCAUAACAAAAGACAUUCUAGAUCUGCAGGAGCUCAAAGACAGGAUUAAAGCAGUUGCCAAAGUAGUGAAAGAGAUGAACAAGCCUAUUUUACAGGUAUCUUCAUACAACAAGAUUGGGCGAGAUAGCGCUGAAAGUGAAGUUGAGGCAUUAAAAUCUCUGCAUAGCUUUGAUCUAGAAAGAUAUGAGCAUGUAGAAAGGAGGAAUCCUAGGAAUGAGUAUGAUGAGGGUCAAAACAGGCGAAAGACGAAGCCCAAAUCCUUUGACGUCAAAAACAAGAUACUGAUGAAAGAUAUACCACUUGAUCAUGUUUCUGAUGGCUCACUACAAAGAAUUAGAAGAAGAGGUUCUUCUGGUGCUGAUGUAGAAGAAGAUCGGAUGCUUGAGCUAUGGGAAACCACAGCGGAUAGCCCCAAUAAAAGUGUGAAGGACUUGAAGGAACGGGCAAAUCAUCCAGCAGAGGGGACUAUAGGAUAUUUGAAGUGGAGGAGAUAUCAGCCGCCAACAGAAUCAGAGGUGGAAAAGGAGUUGAGUGUUGAUAAGUUAGAGUUAUCAAUAUACUCCUUUGAUGCAAGUAUUGAAACAAAUAAGCAUAUUCUGAACCGGCUAUCCUCUGAUGCAGAGAAGUUGAUUAGUCUUCAGAUGACUGUCGACAGCAUGAGAAGGAAAUUGGAUAAGAAAAGAAAGGCUAGAAAAGACAAAAAUGUUGAUUUUGUAGCAGCAAAAGAACAGUUGCAAGAAGUUGAAUUAACGAUUGUGCAGCUGGUGAAUUUGAAUGGCCAUUUAAUGAAGAAUACAGAAGAAAGCACACUUGUUGCAGGAAGUACUUCAACAGAUUCAAAAGAGGUGUUGAAUAUCAGGGGACAGAGAGUUUCAGAACAGGCAAGAAAGGGGUCCGAGAAGAUUGUACGGCUGCAAUUGGAGGUUCAAAAACUUGAGUGCAUGUUACUGAAACUGGGGGAUGAAAAGAAAAGCAUAGCUAGAAGCAUAUUUUCCAGGAGCAACACAAGUAUUUCAUUGAAGAAGUUCAUUCAUAUUGGGAAGAGAAAUAGUGAAAAGGAAAAAAAGACCCAUCUUUGUGGAUGCUUUACACUUUACAAUAGCAGCAACAGCAUUAAUGAGAGAUACCACAUCUAAAAUGCUUCAGAUGUUCCUAGUUAUAUUGUUGUUUGGGUUAUUUCUUUUGUAGUCAGAAACUGGAAAACUGAUACACGUUCAGUUUUAGCCUUUUAGGUGAAUUAUAACAGUUAGAUUGGAGCUAAUUCAAAUGUGAAGGCUAGUAUUUUCGUUGUUUAACUCAGUUUUGACUACCUAAAUUACUUUAGUAAA